CCGAUGCUCUACUAUGCUGGAUUCCAAGGGCCAGCAUCUAACAUGGAUUCAUACGAUGAUGAUCAACUGGGUUAUCCGAGAAUCUAUACCUCCAGGGGUUGUCUCUAAAUGGAGGUAUAUCUAUUAGGAGUUUGGUUUGGUUUGAAAGGUUUGUCCCAGAGGACCUGAAGAAACACGAAGCUUCUUGUAACCUAGGUAUACAUCAGCAUAGUUGCACGUCAUAACAUAACACUGCGAAUAUGAUUACAGACUUCUUCAUCCAGUUGUUGUCACGCCAAUGGCCGCUAACAUUGCUCAUAUUGUCUAUUCUCUACUUCACAAGAUGCUACUUCAAUAGAAGACUAAAUCGAUAUCCAGGACCUCUCUUAGCUCACUUCACCGAUUGGCUCCGGUUCUACAAGGUAUGGCUACGGCGGCCCGAGCAGUGGCACAUUAAGCUUCAUGAGAAGUACGGUGAUGUUGUGCGGCUGGGACCAAACGUAUUGUCGUUUGCAAACCCAGACUCGAUCAAAGUCAUAUACGGACUCGGGAAAGGAUUUACAAAGUCGGACUUCUAUCCCGUUCAGAUGGCAACGGCAAAGGGUCAGCCACUUCCCACCCUUUUCAGCACACAAUCGGAGCACUUCCACUCGCAAUUAAAACGGAGUGUGAACCAUGCCUUCAGUAUGUCGAGCCAAAUGCAGUAUGAGCCGUUCUUUGACUCAACGAAUGAGGUGUUCCUGGAUCAGACGGACAAGCGAUUUGCGUCUACAGGGGAAGUAUGUAACUUUUAUCGCUGGCUCCAGUUUUAUACGUUUGACGUGAUUGGGGAUAUGGUUUACUCAAAGCGACACGGCUUCCUGGAAUCCAACGUAGACGUUGAUAAUAUUGUCCAUGAUAACGCGAGACUCUUCGACUACGCCGCUCUAAUUGGCCAGAUUCCUGUACUUGACAAGCUGUGGAAUAAGAAUUUCAUCAGGUUAUGGGCCGCCAAGCACGGCAUUGGUGAGGCGACGUUUGGAGUAGCACGCUUUGCCAAAGCUCGGCUGGCCGAGCGGCACCCUUCCGGUCAAACAUUCUCAAAGGAGAACUUCGCUUGGGAGCAGACCAAGGACACCCCACCUGACCUUCUAUCGCAUUUCAUUCAGGCCAAGUUCGAGCGGCCGGAUUUUUUCAACGACCAGCUGGUCAUGACUAUGUGCGUUUCGAUGGCGUUCGCCGGGUCGGAGCCUGCAGCAGUUUCACUUAGUGGUGUCUUCGCCUCCCUCUUGCGACACCCGCAGUGUAUGAAGAAACUAAUGGACGAGUUAGACGGCAAGGCUAGAGAGGGGCACUUCAAGGAUAACCAGACAGGGCUCAUCACCUGGGCCGAGAUUCAGAGUCUGCCCUAUCUUGAUGCAUGCAUCAACGAAGCAUUUCGUAUCUAUCCAGCGCCGGGUCUCCACUUUGAGCGCGUUGUGCCAGCGGAGGGGGUCGAUAUAAACGGUGAAUUCAUCAGGGGCGGGACGAUAGUUGGCUGCAACGCCUGGGUGAUACACCGGCGCACCGAAGUCUUUGGUGACGAUGUCGAGGUUUAUCGACCCGAACGCUGGCUCAUCGAUGAGACCCAAGAUAGGGCGCAAGAACUUGCGCGGAUACGGCGAAUGAAGAAUACCCUGAUGCAAUUCGGAAUGGGUCCACGGGUCUGUCUCGGGAAGCACAUUGGCCUCAUGGAGAUGUACAAACUGAUUCCUAGUGUAUUGAGACGGUUCGAGCUGAAGCUCGAGGACUCGUCCAAAACACCUCAAUUUUGGAAUGGCUGGUUUGUGAGGCCCGUAGAUUUUCGAGUGAAAUUCAUCAAGCGAGAACUCGUACAGCCAUUGUUAGCUUAG